UUGUUUGAAAGUGCGCCCGCAGUGGAUGUGCACACCGGUUUAGGCCACUUUCUCCAUGUUCGCGGUCUCGGGUUCGGUUCCUGGCUGUACCCGGCUAUUAUUUCUUCCUUUCCUCAAUUAUUAUCAUCUGCAAUUGUUCCGCCAGUCAUCGUAAACUUUCUGUGUACAGUGUGUUUAUCCGCUCAGUGCUGUGUGUUUUGCUAUUACCAUGCUGUCUGUCCCAUGAUAGUGACUGGAUGUUUUUCAUAGGGCAUUGUUCAAGUGUUGCCUGAAAAAGUGACGUUUGUGGUACAUGAUGGUUUUCCACAAGGAUAAACAAGUUAAGUUGAAGUCUCUGAUGUUCAAGGGUGACUACAUCAGACACCCGGUGCUGUACGAGCUAAGCCACAAGUACGGCGUGCAGACGGAAUGCGUGUCGGAGGCGGCGCUGCCCUGCAAGCUGGAGGAGCUGAAGGAGCUGAUCCGACGCGAGAUCCGCAAAGAGCUGAAGAUCAAAGAGGGCGCAGAGAAGCUGCGUGAAGUGGCCACCGACCGCAAGUCGCUCAGCGAUGUCGCGCACAUCGUCAAGAAGUCCAACAGCAAGCUGGGCGAGCUGCAGGCCGAGCUGCACGAGUUGGAGUCGCAGAUCAUCCUCACGCAGGGCCACACGCCGGCGCCUGUCAGGCCGCUCACGCUGCCCACCGCUAACGCCACCGCUUCCAACGGCCAUGAAACAGUGAUGUCUCCCGUUGCAGCCUGCAGCCAAGCUCAGGACAGCUCUGGGGCUGCCAAUGAUCCACGGCUGGUCUCCCUUGAAAAACAACUCAACAUUGAAUUAAAGGUGAAACAAGGCGCGGAAAAUAUGAUCCAGAGCUUGAGCGGCGGUCACAACAGGGACAAGAAGUUGCUGGCCGAAGCACAGCAGAUGCUGGCCGACUCCAAAGCCAAGAUAGAGUUCAUCCGCAUGCGGAUCAUGAAGGCGAAGCAGAACCGCCAACACAAGGUCCAGGAUCCCGCCUCCGCCAAUGGCGAUGCCAAUCAUAACAAAGAUAAAUUCGAACGUAACCUGGAGCCGCCACUGGAGGACCGAGUGGAAGAACUGAGGCACAGGCUGAGGAUAGAGGCGGCUGUGGUCGAGGGCGCCAAGAAUGUCAUCAGGCUGCUACAGAGCUCCAAAGUUGCUGACAAAAAGGCGCUGCAAGAAGCGCAAGCGAGUCUGUCAGAGUCAAGCCGCAAACUGGACCUGUUGCGCUGCUCGCUGGAGCUGCGUCGCCAAGAGCUGCCGGCCGACUCGUCUGCGGCUGCACAGCUGAAGCGGGAGCUGCAAAGCGUGCAGGCGGCUAGCCCUGUGCCUGUCACCUACACCAGUCUGCAGCCCUUCCGCGGCGACAGCUCCAAGCCCGCACACAGCUCCCCCUCGCAGCUCAACCGCUGCGCCGCCGUCACCGGCAAGCUCGAAGUUAGACUGAUGGGUUGCCAAGAUCUGUUGGAAGAGGUGCCUGGGCGAUCCCGCCGGGAGAAGGAGAACUCGUCCAGUCCGGGUGACCUGCGCUCUUUCGUGAAGGGAGUCACCGGUCGCAGCUCCAGCAAGUCAUACAGUGUCAAAGACGAAACCAGUAACGAGAUAAUGGCAGUGCUGAAGCUGGACAACCAGACGGUGGCGCAGACGAGCUGGCGCCUGUGCUCGCAGCAGGCCUGGGACCAGCGUUUCUCCAUCGACCUGGACAGGUCGCGCGAGUUGGAGAUCGGCGUCUUCUGGCGCGACUGGCGCUCGCUCUGCGCCAUCAAGUUCCUGCGCCUAGAGGAGUUCAUCGACGACAUCCGGCACGGCAUGGCGUUGCAGCUCGAACCGCAGGGACUGCUCUUUGCCGAGAUAAAAUUCCUGAACCCGAUGAUAUCGAGAAAGCCUCGACUGCAACGUCAGCGCAAGAUCUUCAAGCAGCAGGUGAAGAACUUCCCGCGGGCCAACCAGAUGAACAUCAACAUCGCGACGUGGGGCCGCCUCAUCAAGCGGUCCACUCCCUCGCACAUGCGCGCGCACUCCGACAGUCCACCCUCCACGGGUCCGGAAAUAGUGGAGGAAAAGCCAGAAGCACCAGGCGAGGCGCCGGAACCAGGCGUAGCCGGACUUGGAGGUGCACGCCCCCUGGGGGUGGCCGUGCUGCCCCCAUUGCCCCCCGGCGGCAACUUGCUGCCCUCCUCAUUCUCCAAAAAGCGGCCUCCCACCCUCACCCUGCCACCACCUCCGCCACCGCCUCCCAAACUCGAUCAAGAGCUUGCCAGCGCUUUGAGCGAAUUUGACUUCCUGCAGGAAGAGGACAAGAUGGCGGCGGCUGCGUGCAGCUCUACUGCGCAGUCGCAGUCGACGGUGACCAUCAGCCCGGCCACGCCAUUGGUCAGCACGCCCUCCGCACACCCCACCCCCUCUCCCUCGCCACUCGUCGAGUUCCCCGCUGAUGAGCCGGCUUUCGAGCAGCGAGGAGGUGGAGCCAUUGUUAAUAUCAACGUUGUCCGUUCUCUGGAGUAUAGAGACAGCGCAUACAUAUCCAGGCCUCAAUCACAAUUCGCUGGCAUGAGUAUGGAGAACUUCAGGCUGCUCAGUGUGCUCGGAAGAGGUCACUUUGGAAAGGUAAUCCUAUCGCAGUACCGAAACACAGGCGAGUACUUUGCUAUCAAGGCACUAAAGAAGGGCGACAUAAUCGCUCGCGACGAGGUGGAGUCGCUGCUGUCUGAGAAGCGCAUCUUCGAGGUGGCCAACCAGAUGCGGCAUCCGUUCCUGGUGAACCUGUUCGCCUGCUUCCAGACGGAUGCUCACGUUUGCUUUGUGAUGGAGUAUGCGGCCGGCGGCGACCUCAUGAUGCACAUUCAUGCCGACGUCUUCACUGAGCCACGCGCCGUCUUCUAUGCCGCAUGCGUCGUGCUCGGCCUACAGUAUCUGCACGAUAGCAAGAUCAUAUACAGAGAUUUGAAACUGGACAACCUGCUGCUGGACACGGACGGCUACGUGAAAAUUGCCGACUUUGGGCUGUGCAAGGAGGGAAUGGGCUUCGGCGACCGCACGGGCACCUUCUGCGGCACCCCCGAGUUCCUGGCGCCCGAGGUGCUCACUGAGACCUCGUACACGCGCGCCGUCGACUGGUGGGGCCUCGGCGUACUCAUCUUCGAGAUGCUCGUCGGAGAGUCGCCAUUCCCUGGUGAUGACGAGGAGGAAGUGUUCGACUCGAUAGUCAAUGAUGAGGUGCGCUACCCUCGCUUCCUCUCGCUCGAGGCAAUCGCUAUCAUGAGACGGUUGCUGAGGAAAAAUCCGGAACGUCGACUAGGUUCUAGUGAGCGCGAUGCUGAGGAUGUGAAAAAGCAGGCCUUCUUCAGGCACAUCGCGUGGGACGACCUCCUGCAGCGUAAAGUUAAACCUCCAUUCGUGCCCACUGUGAACUCAGUGGAGGACGUAAGCAAUUUCGAUGAAGAGUUUACAUCAGAGAAGCCCCACCUCACUCCCCCCAAAGAUCCACGCGCUCUCACUGAUGACGAACAGAAUCUAUUCAAGGACUUCACAUACAUGGCCGAUUGGUGUUGACAAAAACAAUCAAACCUCAUCUGUUGAUCGCGUCGAACCAGGUGUUAUAUUUUCGGUAUAGGCCACGCCACGUUCUAUUCGGGUAGCUCUUUCGAAUAAUUCGAAGUAAAAAUACAAAAUGUACUAUGAUCCAAGAUCUUUUCGCAGUAGAUAAUACAAGUAUUGCACCUUAAUUUAGUUCUAAACUAUUUAUGUGCUACAAACUCAGUAAUUCAAUGUAUCUGAUAUAAUAUAUUAUUAUAUAUAAUAUAUAUUUGUAAGUGCAGGGAGCUCAUGAAUUUUCGCAUAUUUCAUAAAGUUAAUUACAUCUGUGCCAUUCUUCAUUAUCAAUAACCGCGUAAUUCAAUCUUGAAAUGUAUGAAAUACCUCAUUUCAUUCAUCAAAAAUCUUUUUGAACCCAUUUUUAUAUGAUCAAUAUGAAAUAAAUAAUCGAUGUCGUUUGUAUUCAAGAUGUGGCUGCCAUUCGAUCGGUUGUAUAGGUUCUAAUAUAUAAUUCCGAUUUGUGUCGGAUCUAAAGUGCAGUGAAACUAACUUCGUGGGAAAUUGCCAAAUACAAACUAGAAUUAUAUAAAUUUAAGGAUAUAAUGUGUAUUGUACUGCUCCAUCCCCAGCUAGAGUGGUCUGUUUUAUAUUGUUGUAAUAUUAUGUUCCUGUCCUCUCUAAUAACUCAUCUCAAUUCUAAUAAUUAGGAAAAAUAAUUGAACUAAUUAUAGGUCAACUAAUAAUGAUCAUUACUUCAACUUUUUUCUGUAUUGAUGUAUCAUAAUAUUUCUACAAAUCACAUUCGUCCUAUUUCUGUUUCUUAUUUGUUUGCUGUAACUAAUGAAUAAACAUUUACGAUCUCGCCUAGAGUCUGAUAUUAUUUUCUUCUAUCAAAAAUAAUAUCGUACGAUUUGAAGUUCAUUAAUCAAUCUAGAAAUACUACUAUCAGUGAUAAUGUAUAGGAUACAAGUAUAUAGAUCUAUUUCAAAUUUCACUAGUUGAUCCAAGCUGAUGAGCUUUUAGGUUAUAUUCAUCUAAUUUGAAAAUAACUUCCCUAGACAAUUAUUAUUAUUAUUUUCUUUGUAUAUUUAUUUCAAAUGUAGCAUCACAUAUUUUAUUGUAUAUUUGUAAAUUGGCAACUUGAUUCGUUUUAAUAUUAGUUAGUCCUUCUAUUAGAUUGUUUCUAUGUCGGAUAUUGUUAUUUAACAUUUUAACCCUAUGAUUUAUCUGUUAGCUUGAGGAUUUUAAUUCAUCAAUCAUUUAUAUUACUUCAUUUUAUACUCGCAUUUCAUUCCUGUCAUUCGCUCUCUUUUCACUUGAAAAUUUUCUUAUAUUUUCAUUUCUAGAAUCACAACUAUUUUUCGCAUUUCUAUUUAUAUCUAUUGUUUUAUGAGUUCUAUAAAGACCAGUAGUCUACCGUAGUAUUUCUAUCACUGAUAUUAACAUUUCGAAUAUUAGUAAAAUAAUUGUAUAAUUCUCCUAGACUAUCGCAUUUUAUUUGUUUAUUUUUAAUUAAAGAUAGUUCAUAAAAACUCUUUACUCAAUUUCUGAUUAUUGUUUUCAUGUUUAUGCCACAGUUAAAUUCUGUUUAUGUAUCUUAAAAUUAUAUAAUAAAACUUACAAGAUUUAUUUUCAAUUUACAUAAUUUAUAAUCCUUUGAAAUGUAUUCACUUUCACCAAACAAAAAUGAGCUGCUUCUCCCAUAAAACGCUAGUUUAGGUUUAUCGCGAACAGUUGACCUCUGCUCUGGAUUGCAUCCAAUGCUAUUCAUUGCGAGACCAUAUUAGGCAUUUUCAGAGUCGGCAGGGCAUGAAGCUUUUCGAUUGGCUAAAAAACGUUUAAUAUGGUCUCGCCCUAAUACGCUUUUCUCUUUCACUCACUCAAAUACACAUUUUAUGAAUAUUGGGAAUUUGCAAUAGAUGUACAUUCCGUUGAUAGUGAUUGAUUUUUGUUGACUUUGAUUAGUAGCCUACAUAUGCACACAAGGCAUAGCAUUCUCGUUAUCAGUUUGUUCAUCAAUGAUCUUAUAUUGAAAUAUUGGCCGGUUCACAAUAAAAUUAUUUUUUAAUAGAAUCACAUGGAAUCUAUUUUUUCUUCCAUACAUUUAGAACGACAGAAUGCAUUUACGCACAGAUAUUAGCUUAGCAACCUAAGCUCAUAUAGUGUUGGACUCUUAAUUUCUAGAACUUCGAAUCUGUUCUAAGUGAGUGUUCUACUUCAUUGUAUAAACAUAUUUUUCGGCAGACUUUAGAUUGAAGAAAAUUACUACCUAUCUGAAUUAGAUAUCGCCUCAUGAAUGACUAGGUUAUUUUCUUCUUCCCAAGGAUAUAUUUCUAUUUAUUUAUUCACACAUACAUUUUACAAAAUCCAAAUUCACAACAAACAAUAGUUAUAGCGGGUGAUAACGUUAAUAAAAUUUGAGGAAACGUGUUGAUGCACGUUUAAAAACAUGAACAAGCUUUAAAUUUUUAUACUGUGUGUGACUCAACACAAUUUUCUGAUUUAUUGUACUGUAAUUCAAUAAACCAUUACUAAAGUAACGCUCCAAUUCACAUAAAAAAUAAUUAGCCUACUAGAUUAUAAAAUGACUGUAGAGUAAUAUAAAAUUAAGCUCAUCCAAGGUACUCGAAUUUGUUGUAGCGUAAUUGAAUAAGAAACAUUGUGAUCUUUGAUGAUUAAAAUCCAUUCUAAAUUUUAAACGCUUUGUAAAGAUUGAGAAGCCCUAAAUAUUUUAAAUAUUUUUAAGAUUCCAUUUGAACAUAACUAAAACUCAUUCUAUUACAAAAAAUUCAUUGAUUAUUGCCCUCUAAAUGAAUUAUUAUUACACACAUGAUAUUAAUGUUUAUUACUGUAUCAACAAAGUACUCACAUAAUUCUUUACUGAAUGAAUCUUGAGUGUUUAAAAGUAACAUACGCUAAAUUUAGAAAUCAAAGUUAUUAGUUGAAAAAUCAUUUUAAAAUUCAUGUUGUUUUUUGUUGCUUUGACAUAAAUUUUGUUAUCAAAUAAUCGUUUUACAUUACAUAAGUUGAUAUAUCGUAACUUAUUAUCAGUACCGCACAUUAUUAUAAGCCUACUUGAGAAAUUCAAUUCAGUGGAAUGAUAGGAGUGUGAUCUCUCUCGCAUUAACCAUACCUUUCCAUAUUUUUAAUAGUCUCAAGCAUAGUGAUUGUUAGAUUAGAGUGAGAGUGGCUUCAACACAAAUAAAGUAUAAUAUAUUAUAGUUUUCAUGAACUAAAUUUGCUAGAGAAUUAUAGUAACUUACCAAUUUUCUAAAGAUAGAAUCACUCGAAAUGUUCAGAUCAUUAAUAAAAUCUACAAAAUGUAAAUGAAGGAGUUGGCAUGUCUCAUAUUGCUUAGACCUUUGAUUUCAUCGACAAUGUUGAACAAUAUUCAUGGCAUGGUAUUAUGAAAUUGGAAAUAAUUAUUCUAUAAAGCAGUAUUCUAUUACUGAAUUGUAAAGAAUUCUGCUAAAAUCCAAGCGAAGAUCUUCUUCUGAACAUUUAAGCCUUGAUUAAGGAGAUUAAAUCUAGAAAUUAAGAAAUUUGACAAUGUAACUUACGGUGUCUUCUAGGGCAAGUUAAAUUGUUUAAAAAUAUUGAGGUUCAAACAGAUCAACUAGUAGCCUUUAAUUUACCUCUUAUAAACACUUUUUUAUUAUUUUAUUUUAAGAAAGUGUUCAUAGAAGGUUAAAAUGGUACUAGUUGAUGUAUUCAAAAAUAUUUGACAAUAUAUUUAUCAAAAUCUUUAAUGUUAUGUGAUUUACACAGUAUUAAAAAAUUGCUCAUUUAUGAAUUCCAACAAGACAAUACAAAAUAGAUGAGUCGUUAGAACUCCAAAGCUUUAUUGUAGUUUUCUAUGUGAUUGAUUACUCAACUCAUCAAGAUGGAUUUUUCAUUCAAAAGAUUUUCUAUAAAUUUACUGAAAAAUUCACUACUGUAGAGAAAACAGGAGUCAAUUCCAGUUAUAAAUUCUUGUUUGCUCUCAUAUCAUAUUUUAGUCCGUACUAUCCGGAUUUCAGUCAGUAUUAUACCUAAAUGAAAAUUAUAUUAAUAAAAAUCUAUACUUUAAUAGGUAUUAUAUCAUUCUAUCAAAUUUUAAUGAUAAAUCGCAUAAAAUUAAUUAUUGUGCUUUUCACCUUCAACCGGUUUGUAUUUUUCAAAAUUUAUAAAAUUUAGUAGAUUGCUCAAGAUCUCUUCUCACCUAGCCUAAACCUAACCUAGGUUUAUGUAGGUAUUAUGAUAUGGAUAUGUUACAAUAGUGAAUGAGAAAAACAAGAUUAUUAAUGACAUAAAUUUAUCAUAGAUAAAAUUUACUCGUAUUAAAGUCACUAGGGCUAUUUAUUAGUGUAAAUUUUCAUGAUAUUGAAGCAAUAUUUAUAAAAUUGAUAUGAAAUUAGAACUUUGUUUGAUUUUCUUGGAUGGAUACUUUAAUUUAUCAAAUCAAUUAGUGUAAGUCUUAUCUCAAAAUGUGAAUCAAUUGUUUUAACGUACGGUACAAAUUUCUUUCUACGUUUGAAUAAAGAUGCGAUUUUUGUAGUGUUAGUGUAGUUUUGAAGUGCCUAUAGAGAGUUGAAAUGAAAACCUUUGAAUAUGGGGCUUAUUCAUCGACAAAACCAAUCAAUUCAUAUUUUGAAUCAAUCGUCAAAGCGCCUCUACCAUAUUCCUUACAUUCAUAAAUAAAACAGAUCAUCCUGUUGAUUCAUUUGUUUGCCUUAACCACGAAGUGCCAAUUCUUAUUAAUAAUUCCUCCUGAUUAUUCAUGAGCGUAUAUAUUUUAUAACGUAUUUCAUACAUUUCCUGUUAUUCUCAUGAUAAUCAAUUCAUGAAUAUUUUUGUAGUCCUCAUGAAGCUUGUUGACUCAAGUGAAUUUUAAAUGUUAUAUUUUUGUUGCAUUUGACUUUGAAAAGGUAUUUUAUACUAUUAUUCUGAUAAAUUGGAAAAAUAUAUUUGUAAGGUACUUUAUAACUUCCAAUGGCUAGAACAUUUUUUAUAAAGCUGUAUACUUUCCGUUAUUAAGUUGAGUCGAAUGAUAAUGUUUUCAACAUAAUUUUACUAAUAAAUGAAAGCAUGGAGUUGAAAGCUUUUAUAGUAAACCCCAAAAAGUUUAUUAUUUCCAAAAAAAUCUUAUAUUUAAAUAAAUGACUCACACGAGGCCUUUAGAUAUAAUUCUCUUGAAAUUCGUUCUGUACCGUUAUUCUAUUCUUCAUAAUUAUAUUUGUAUGUAUCAUUUUUACUUCUUCUCUUUUAUUGUUAGUUUAAUCCCAACAUAUAUGCUUGUAAAAUAAUCAAUAGCAAGGGAAAAUCGUAUUUCUAUUACCUUUGAUUACAGAUCCGUUUUUUUAAAUUCUCAAUAAUUCUCAUUAAUAAGCUCUAUACAUACUAGAACUAUCUGCAUGUGAUUCUCUUAAACACGUUCAUUAUAUCUUCAUCUGCAAAUUGAACAUCUUUUCUGUGCUUUUCAUAAUAAGCUCUAUGUACUAAUUUUAAUAAUGACGUG